GACUGGUAUUCUGGUGAAGCUAGAUGAGCACGAGGAUGCCUUCCUGGAGUUUGACGCCUUCGAAGCCAGACAGUGGGUCUUCCAGAAGAAGCGGCACAAGCUGAAACGACUGCUGGAUACCGAGGCAAAGGACGUCUUCUUGGAUAUUGUGCCGCAGAAUGACAUCAUUAUGCACUGGGCUUUACGAGUCGUGGGGCCAAAGGCUUCGCGAUGUUACGAGUUUGAGGCCGACGGCGUCAUCAUGGGCAAGCGAACGGCCCUCGACAAGGGCCUUCCCAUCAGCUCACAGAAGCUGGAAGGUCGUACAGAAAGGACGCACCGGGAGAUUUCCCGAUGGUGCACACAGUUCGGCGUGGAUCACACCUACGAUGCAGCCGGCAACAACAUCUUCGGCGGGAAGAACUGCCAG